GAACUUAGUCAUUUAGAGAAGUGAGAAGUUUCUGAAACGAAAGAGAGGCAGUGUUAAACCAUCAGAGCCUCAAACAUGAACGUCUAUCAGACUUUGAUCUGCCUCUUCUUCCUCUCAGCACUGUGGGACACUGGUGUCAUCAAUGCACGAGGCCACAUCGUUACAGGAGCUGAAGGAGGAAACAUCACAGUUGUGUGUAACUUCAGUUUGUCUGGAAGAAGAAGGCUCUUCUGUAAGGAAGAAUGUAAAGAUGGAGACAUUCUCAUUGACACAGAUGAGGUCACAGCUCAGAGAGGCCGAUACAGCAUCAAAUAUAAAGAAGGAACUUUUCCAGCAUCGUAUACACUUCUGAAUGUGAGCAUCAGAAAUCUGACUGAGUCUGACUCAGGACGAUACAGAUGUCGUUUGCUCAGAUCAUUCCUCCUCAUACCAACAUACUCAGAGUUUGAGAUCAGAGUUAAAGAUGCUCCAACCUCUUCAGACCCAAACUGGACUCUUCCACCUGUUACAGCAUUUGUACCAUCGACCUCCACACUGACGACAUCACAGAGUUUAAGCUCCACAUCUUCAUCAGCCUCCUCUGAAGGCACCAAGCAGCCUCAACAGCAACACACAACACCAGCUGCAGGUUCAGCUGCCAAAGGUCCGCUGCUGUUUGUGGGUCUGACUCUGCUCAUCAUGUUGAUCAUAUUAUCAGCAGCUUUGAUGAUGUUCUGCAGGAAGAGGGCCAGUAAACCCAAAGCAGCUCCUGUGGAAACCGAGUAUGCUGAUGUCACAGAGACCAACAGAGUGUAUGAGGAGAUCAGAGAGGAGGACAGAAAGAGCAGAUCUCCUCCUGUAGAAAUGUCCACAGUUUACUCUUACGUCAAACCAAACAGAGUCAAAACCUCAGACGAAUGCAGCCUUGUCACUGCAGCCACUCCUCAGAGGAACACAAACCAGCUCAAACUGUCUUAG